AUGAACAAUAGAGGAUUACCUCCCAAGCUCAGACUCCUCACCACAAAGGCCAUGGAUGACUACCUCCAAAAGUUGACGAAAGUCAAGCCAAAACAUUCUCUUCCACUUGUUUUGCCCUGUGCCAACGUCAAGCCGAAACUCUAUCAUGCUUGCGGUAAUCCAGGGAGGAUGGCUUGCAGCGUGUGCAAACUUGUGUCAUAUUGUUCGAAGGUGCAUGAUCUGCUUUACUGA